AUGCUCGCAAGAAUAAUUUUUCAACGGAAUUUAUCGACAAAACCUAUAGUUGUUACUCGAGAAACAAUACAACAAAUUAUUAACCCAUCGGAAAAAUAUAUUGAUGAAUUUAUGGUAUCUUAUGGAAAACGCCCUGAUUUUAGAAGAUCUGAUUUCAAGAUUUGGGAUCAACAUCCAAAAUCACAAAGGUUAUUUUAUACCGUGAAAAAUAGCAAAAAACUGAUAUUAACUUAUCAACAUAAAUAUUUUCAACACCUCAAAAACCCAUCUAGAGAACUCUCGUUCGGCGGCUUAUUAUGGAUUGCUCCAGAAUAUCGUGGAAAAGCAAUUUUUAAAAUAUUUCAAGAAGAUCUAUUUAAUCAAAAUAUAUUGCGACGUCCGUUCAUAGCAAGUGCCCUUCCAGCAUCAGUAAACUUUGUGUCAAAAAUGUUUGAUGGAAAAAUUAAUCAACAUUUCAAAUAUGAUGUGACUUAUUAUAAACCAGAAGAUUUAAAGAUUCCGACGAAUUUGAAAGUCGAUGGUAUACGGGUUGUGGUAAGUAUUUGGGAUACUGUAGACUUACAAAAGUAUUUCCUAUUUAGAAUUUCGAUGAAUCACAAUCUCAUAACAUUGUUCAAUACGAUCAAGCAAUAUUCCCAUAUGAUCGAGAAAAAUUGAUGCUGGCUAAUUUUUCGGAUCCAAACAACAUUGUGAAAAUUGCCUAUGAUUCGGAAGGAAAUGUUAUCGGUUUUGGAUAUUUGGCAUUAUUUGAUUCCGGUGUAGCAAUUAUGUAUGCAUUAUAUGCUGAUAAUGUAAAUGUUACUCAUGCUAUUUUUGCUAAUAUUUUAACUGAAGCACCGAUGCAUAGAAUCAAAAGCUUUGAGAUUCGGCAACCCGAUACAUCGAUUAAAUGGACUGAACCAUUUGUGGUCAAUGAGCAAAAAAAGAAACAUAUGGCAACUGUGAUUUCUACCGAAAAUAAAAUCGACUUCGAUAUGAAGAAAGUCUACAUCAAUUCACAUCCAUCUUGUUGUCCUAUUUGA